AUGGAAAUAAUAUUAUUAAUAAUUAGUGCAUUAGCAAUUAUAGGACUACUCUCUGCUAUAAAAAUAGUACCACAACAAGAAGCAUGGGUAAUGGAGAAGCUGGGUAAGUUUGAUAGGGUUAUGGAACCCGGAUUAAAUAUUAUUAUUCCAAUAAUACAAAGGAUUGCCUACAAACAUACCUUAAAAGAGCAGGCAAUAGAUGUGCAUGAGCAAACAGCAAUUUCUAAUGACAACGUAACUUUAACUAUUGAUGGUGUAUUAUACGUAAAAGUUAUAGACCCUAAGGUUGCAUCAUAUGGAGUUAGUGACCCUUAUUAUGCAGUAGCUCAACUUGCACAAACAACAAUGCGUUCUGAAAUAGGUAAACUCAAACUAGAUAAGACCUUUGAGGAAAGAGAGAUAUUAAACCAUGCAAUUGUUACUACAAUAAAUGAGGCUGCAGUUAAUUGGGGUAUUCAAUGUAUGCGCUACGAAAUAAAAGACAUACAACCACCAAGAACAAUACUUAAGGCCAUGGAAAUGGAAGUUGCAGCAGAAAGGCAAAAAAGAGCCGAGAUAUUAGAAUCUGAAGGGAAGCGUCAGUCUCUUAUCAAUAAAGCUGAAGGAGAGAAGGCGCAGGUAGUAUUAAAUUCAGAAGCCUCACUUACUGAUCAGGUAAACAGAGCUAAGGGUGAAGCUGAAGCUAUAAUAUGUGUAGCAGAUGCUACUGCAAAAGGUAUUGAUAUAUUAGCUAAAUCCAUUAAUAAAGCAGGUGGAACUGAGGCGGUUUCAUUAAAAGUAGCAGAGCAAUAUGUAGAAGCAUUUAGCAAACUUGCUAAAGAAAGUAAUACUAUUUUACUGCCAGCUAAUAUAGACAACCCAAGUGGGAUUAUUGCACAAGCAAUGACUAUAUAUGAUAAUCUAGGUGAAGGAAAGGAGGUAUCACUUGUUGGCUUUGGUAACUUUUCAGUUGCUGACGUUCCAGCACGUGCAGGGAGAAAUCCAAGAACAGGGUUAAUAUCAUAUAUUGGUUCAGCUAAAGCUGAUACAAAAAUUAGUUCUGAUUGUGUUUAUUAUGGUGAAGAAAAACUAGAUAACGGCAAUAAGGAGUUAAAAGAAAUGACUAAAAGAGGAAAAGUUAAAUGGUAUAGUGAAGAAAAAGGCUUUGGAGUAAUUACACCAGACAAUGGUGGUAUUGAUGCUUUUGUUUCUGCUAGUCAAGUACAAGCUGCUGAAACACAAAGGCUGAAGCAAGUAGUAAGCAAAAUUGAAGCUAUUGAGCAGGAACGUUUGGAUAAUGCAGAAUUAUUGAAAGAUGCUUACAAUGAGGCUAAAGCACUUGGAUUUGACGUAAAAAUUAUCAAGUAUGUUCUUAAACUCAAAAAGAAAGAUAAGGAUGCUCUUGCUGAAGAAAUUAAUAUAUUCUAUUAUUUAGAUUCAACUUUAAGUAGAGAUUAUGAAG